UUUUUUUGUGAUAAUCAACUUUACUCUCUACUUUUUGGCAAAGAGACUCCCGGGAAUCCAAAAUAGAAUUUUCCAUUCCUUCCGCUUAAAAUUAAAUAAAGCACAUGGCGGCCAAUUAAAACUGGUCACAGAGAGCGACGGACGGAGAAGGUGAGGAUGGGGCAUGGAGGCUCGAAAGAGGAAGCAACGUCUGAUUCUAAAGAGGAAGGAUCAUCGCGUUUAUCUCGUCUGAAACAUAGGAUUCACCACCAUGGCCAUCAUAGUCGACAUGGCAAUGUCUCCAGCGCCUCCUCUCCUAAUCCCAAACUACUAUCUGCUGAUGGUUUCGCCGGAGUUGCUCUUCUCACCCUCAUGCGUGCGGAGAUGAAGUUCAAGGACAAGUGGUUCGCCUGUGUUACUCUUGGAGAGCAAACCUUUCGUAGUGAGAUCUCCGACCACACAGACAGCCCCGUUUGGAACUCUGAAAAAAAACUUCUUUUGGAAAAAUCUGGGCCACAUGUUGCAAGGAUGUCUGUGUUUGAGACCAAUAGAUUGUCCCGCAACAAUAUAAUCGGAUAUUGUGAGAUUGAUCUACUUGAAUUUAUUACUCGGGGUGCAGAUUCAGAAGUUGAGGAAUAUGACUUAUUAGAUCCAUCAUCAUCUGAUACAGUGGUUGGCAAAAUUUAUCUUUCAUGUUCAGUCGAGGAUCCAAUUGAAACAGAGAACAGAUUUGCAAGACGCAUCUUAUCUAUAGUGGACUACAAUGAAGAUGGGAAACUUUCCAUCUCUGAAUUUUCUGAAUUAAUUAAAGCUUUUGGCAAUCAACUAGCUGCUGACAAGAAAGAGGAGCUCUUUAAAGUGGCUGACAAGAAUGGUGACGGUGUUGUCAGCAUGGAUGAGUUGGCUGCCCUUCUUGCAAUUCAACAAGAAAAGGAACCACUAAUGAAUUGUUGUCCUGUUUGUGGUGAGAUUUUUAAAGUUUCCGAUAAGCUGAACACUAUGGUUCAUUUGGCUCUCUGUUUCGAUGAAGGAACUGGGAAACAGGUCAUGACUGGUGGUUUUUUGACUGAAAAGCAGGCUUCAUAUGGGUGGAUGUUUAAACUAAGUGAAUGGGCUCAUUUUUCGUCAUAUGACAUCGGCUUAAACUCUGGAUCAAGCGCUUCCCAUAUUCUGGUAUUUGAUCGGAAGACAAAGAGGCUCGUGGAAGAGUUAAUUGAUGGAAAGAUUGUUUUGUCGAUGAGAGCUAUCUACCAGUCAAAACUUGGUCUUGGCCUAAUUAACACAGGGGCAAAGGAGCUCUUACAGAAGAUCUCUGAAAAGCAGGGGAGGGAAAUGAAUACUGCCGAAUCUGCUAAAGAUAUACCGAAGUUUCUUGAGUUUUUUAAGGAUCAAAUAAAUCGGGCUGAAAUCAAGCACCCUGUGGAGUAUUUCAAGACUUUUAAUGAAUUUUUCAUAAGAGAGUUAAAGCCUGGUGCAAGACCAAUUGCCUGUGUCGGACGCGAUGAUGUUGCGAUAUGUGCAGCUGAUAGUCGUUUAAUGGCAUUUAAAUCUGCUGAUGACAGUCUAAGAUUUUGGAUUAAGGGUCGUAAGUUCUCAAUUCAAGGCCUUUUGGGACAAGUUGCAUCUUCUGGUUCUUUUAUUGAUGGAGCCUUAGUGAUAUUUCGUUUGGCACCCCAGGAUUAUCACCGCUUUCAUUUUCCAGUCUCUGGAACUGUUGAGCAAUUUGUAAACAUACCUGGAUGCUUAUAUACGGUUAACCCCAUUGCUGUGAAUAGCAAGUAUUGUAAUGUCUUCACUGAGAACAAGCGAGUGGUAUCAGUUAUUUCAACCACGGAUUUUGGAAAGGUGGCAUUCGUUGCAAUAGGAGCAACUAUGGUUGGCAGCAUCACAUUUUCAAAGAAGGAGGGUGACCAUGUCAAGAAGGGAGACGAGUUCGGAUAUUUCUCAUUUGGUGGAAGCACAGUUAUUUGCGUUUUUGAGAAGGUUCGGAAGCCAUGUUUGCUGAUCUUGGACACUUUUCACGGAUAUCAAUCAAGAUUGCUUUUAUGUCUGUGGUUUAUCCAGCUUUGAUUCUUGCAUAUAUGGGGCAGGCUGCAUAUCUAUCUAAGAAUCAUUUAAUUGAGAAUGUUGGAUUUUAUGUAUCUGUACCUGGGAACCUAAGAUGGCCUGUUCUGGUAAUAGCUGUCCUUGCUGUUCUCAUUGUGACAAUGGCAGUCUCAAUUGCUUGGAUGUUUGGCAAAGCAAAGUCCAGCGGCAUAGAACUUCUUGUUGGUAUUUUAUUUCCAAAACUGAGCUCCAAAACAAGACAACAGGGUGUUGAAGUAGUGGGUUUCACUAUUAUGCCUCUCAAUUUUUUCUUGUACUCAACUCUAGUGCAAUCAAGGGAGAUAUGACCAUAGCAAGAAAGGCUGAAUCCAAAAAGUAAUAGAAAGUUCAGUUUUUUAUUUUUAUUUUUUAUUUUUUUUAAGUAAACGAUUAUAUUGAUAUGAAUAGGCAUAGUCCAAGUACACAAGAUGGUAUACAAAAGGUCACACCUAGUUAGAGAGAAGUAACAGAAACAAGAAAGUCAUGGAAAUUGAGGCCACAACAAUCUAUAGCAGUGGCCCAAAGAAAAAGAGUGCUAACAAAAAAUAAAUUAAGUUCUUCUAGGGAGCGUUCCUUGUCUAACUCCAUUCUAUUAAACACUUCAUUCCAUAACAUUCCAGCUAUCUCACAAUGCAACAAUAAAUGAUCCACAUUUUCACCAUUUUUCCUACACAUAUAACACCAAUCUACUAUGAUCACCUUAUGUCUUCGUAGAUUAUCUGUUGUCAAGAUCUUACCUAAUGCUGCUAUCCAUACAAAAAAUGCUGCUUUGGGAGGCGCCUUGUUUCUUUCUCCAAGGGAAUUGCAUAUUUUGCGGUUGUGUAAGCGUCUUAUAGAAAGAACCAACCGAGAAUUUACCUUUACCUAUGGGUAUCCACCAUAUCUUAUAUGCUUCUUGGGUUCUCUGCCUCAUGGUGUUAUAGAAGAGCAAAAAACUCCUCAAAGCUGCCCAUUUCCCAAUCUUGGGCGGCUCUAGUGAAAUUCACGUUUUACUAGCUUAGUUCCCUAAAUGACUCCAUGCAAUUAUCCACUUAGGCAUCUUUCUCACUUGCAAUCCUAAAAACUGAUGGGAAUAAAUCCUUUAGGGCUUAAUCUCCACACCAUUGGUCAGUCCAUAUUUUUAUUCUAGAUUCAUCACCCAAUACUAGUCUAGUAUGCCAAUUCAAGAUCCCCCACCCUCUUUGAAUGUGUUUCCAAAUUACCAUUCCAUAGGACCCAUGGACCUCCCUAGUGCACCACCUCCCCCACAUGCUUCCAUAUUUGCAAUCAAUCACUGACUUCCAUAGGGCUUCCAGUUCCAUAUUGUAUCUCCACAACCAUUUUUCAAGCAAGACUUGAUUGAAAAUCCUCAAGUUUCUAAUACCUAACCCGCCCGAAGAGACUGGAGAACAUACCUUAUCCCGCUUGACUAGAUACUUGAAUUCUUCUCCUAUUCCACUGCAAAGAAAAUCACGAUAUAACUUCUCAAUAUAGUUUGUCACACUUGCUGGAAUAAGGAAUACAUAUAGAAAACAUGUUGGUAGAUUAGAAAGAGUACUUUUGGUAAGAGUGAUCCUACCACCUUUCGAGAGAUAUGAUUUUUUCCAACCUGCCAAUUUGCAUCCAAUCUUCUCCACCACUGUAUCCCAAAUUGAUAUAGACCUUGCAGCAGCCCCCAAAGGAAUACCAAGGUAAUUCAUGGGAAGAGAGGAAACCUUACAUCCAAGGAUACUAGCCAGUUGUCGGGGGUUUGGAAUAUUACCCACUGGCACCAAUUCUGAUUUAUUAAAGUUCACUUUUAAUCGGGAAACUGCUUCAAAACAAAGUAAUAAUGCCCUCAAUGUUCGAAUUUGGUUUUGUUCUGCCUCACAAAAAGUCAGUGUAUCAUCUGCAAACAAUAAGUGAGAUAAGUUAAUGGUGCCCCUAUUAGGAUUGCCCACCAAGAAUCCCUCGAUAAAGCCACUGUUCACCAAGGCUAGGAUCAUUUUACUAAGUGCCUCCAUGACAAGAACAAAUAGGAGUGGAGACAAAGGAUCUUUUUGUCUUAGAUUUCGAGAGCUAUUAAAGAAACCAAGUGAGCAGCCGUUCACCAAUACGGAAAACUUCACCGUUGAAAUACACUAUCUAAUCCACGAGCACCAUUUCUCCCCAAAAUCGCACCUCCCAAGCACAUGGAGUAAGAACUCCCAAUUCACAUGAUCAUAUGCCUUGUUCAUAUUUAAGAGAAAGUUCAGUUUACCCACACUAACAAAGAACCAUACCCACAAGGUGCUUUGAAGGGGAGGGUUUAUCACAUUUCAAUUUACAGUGACAGUUGUGGACUGAAGCCGGCUUAGGUAGGUUGCUGGAGUCGGUUUGUGGCCUUUAGUGUGUAAUUAGCUUGAUGAGUGGGGGUUGGGCUGUGGCCCACUUUUCUACUUGUUACCCUCGUUAUGCGUAUGUCCUUUUCUUUUGUUUUAGUGUGUCGGCCCUUGGCCCGUGAGUUUGUUAAGGGUUCUGUCAGUAUAUGUAGUGGAACGUCCCUCUUGUAAUGGCAUGCAAAAACUGAAUCAAAGUUAUUCUCUUUCCUCAUUUUCUUCUACCUCUUUGUUCUGGAGGUGCUCCCCUCAAAGUUAGCUUUUCUUUGUGUAUUUUUGCCAAACACUUGGGUUGUGUUACAAAUUUUGCAUUUCUCCAAUAUAGAAAAGAAAAAAGCUUCACGAGAGAAUUUGGGGUUUUUCGCGCAUUGAAUUGAGCUGCAUAUACGGAAGUAUUUCUGAAUUUAGCCAUCUUGUAAAGUAUGUAGCUUAAAUCUGUGCGGCUUUCUGUAGGAUGCAAUUGAGAUAGACGAGGACCUCCUAUCAAAUAGUGCCAGAGCACUGGAGACAUUGGUUUCUGUUGGAAUGAAGUUGGGCGUCU